CCGCCGGGUGUUGCGAAGCUUCAUGGUAAAACUUGGUAAACAAACCCAUGAAUAAAUCUAAUGAAUAUGUCUGAAUCAAUCUGUAUGCAUUGCAAGUUAGUAGCAGAUGGGUCUAUGUCUACUCUUAUUCUCUCGUGGGGAGGUCAACACAAGAGUAGAAUACUACCGCUCGGUGGAUGAUUCGUUUGCCCUAUCGUUGUCGUACCGUCGGGGUGUUGUCGCAUGAUCGUGUUGUAACCCAUCGUUUCGAGCGGGAGCUCUUAUUGUUCAGCUGUUAAUCUUCUUGCUUCUUCAGUAGUGGAGCAGCUGCACAGCAAAUUGUAUUUGAAUUUUUUUUUGAAGCUGAGCGCUUGAUUCAUGGUGCGGCACUAGCGGUCAGUUCUGGUGACGUGAGCUCACAACGAACUGCAUGACCAGUGUUUGGAUGAACUGCUUUACCUUUUUGUCCAGUUACUGAAAUACAAAUAACAUUUUAUAUAUGAUUUGGAUCUGCCUCAAACAUCUUUUCUUCCAGAAUAAAGGGCGUCAAUUCGUUUUCGAUCCAUCUCCAUGCGAUACAGAUACGCCUCAAUUUGCUAGACUUGUUUGAGUAGAUAUAGAAAUACGAUGACAACCAUGUCAGCUCCUUACGAGAUUACGCAGAUGAUUAUCCCAGGGAAAGUAUCAUUGAUUUUGAAUCAGUUGUGUCAUGAAGAAGUGCAAUUUAUUUUUGCACAUCAGUUGUGCCAGCAUUACAACUUGCAUCUUCAUCAAGAGGAUCAUGGUGAGAACUAUGCGGUAUUGAUCUGCGCAAUCCGUGUUUCCUUCGUGCCCGCUUUCUUCUUUCUUUGCAUGCAGCAAAAUCUUGGGGCUGGGACAUGCAUGCGGUCACGCUUUGUGGUGACGUUGAUCAAAUUGUUCGUGGAACAUGAUGACAUGCCGUGUGAUUCAAGAUUUCACCCGGAUAAUCAUUGCCAGUUUCUGGGAGAAGCUGAGCAGCCUGCAGCCCGGCACCUUGACGCACUACCUGGGGAAUCUGUCGAUUGCGUAUCCCAUAUUUAGAAAACCUACCCACGACCCGCUGCGCUACAUGUAAGAGAAGACAGUUUGAUAUCCAUAUCGUGUAUGUUUAGCAGUGCCUUUCUGCGGCAGCAGAAGUGGCAGAACUUGCCUACAGGUAAAAAAAGGAACAGGAAGGUGCAAAACACAAGGGAUGUUUUCGAAGCGCUUCUACUCGGCGCGCUACAGUAUCGGCCUGCGCCUGAUGGAUUCUCAUACACCAAAAGCAUAAAAUUUAGUGAUCUGCACCUCCUGCAGUUGGUACCAUUGAUUCUGUCGGUUAGUGCGGCCGUCGUGGGGAGGGUUCUUCCGCUGCAUAAGGUACAGGGCCUGCACAUUCUCGAUAUCAUCAUCAUUGUGGUGGAUUUGUUCCUCAUCUUCGACAUCUUCAUAAAUUACAGGUAAGCACGUGCUACAAAUCGCACCAAUGUUCAUGUGGAUUUAUCGCACAACAACUCACUGGAACUGAACUGGAACUGUUGCAGUGGUUCUUAUCUCGUUUCCGAAUCUUUUUCCGUGCCGUACAGAUUAGUAAGGCCCACAUGUGAUGCUGAUGACUGUCCGAUUGUGAAUCUGAAAAAACACGGAAUCAUCAGGUCCCAGGCACGUGACGUGGUGCGAAAAAUGCGGGCCAUUGGCAACUGCUGCACCCAAUCGUGACAAAGACCAGUGCUGCGGUUGUGAUGUUGAUUACUAGUACAGUGUAGAAGUCCACGUAAGACUUUUUCGAGGUUUUUUUGUAAGAUCUUCGUAGCGCGGUGCUUCUGGUGCACUGCAGACUGUAUCUUCGUGACAUGCAUUUCGUAGAAAUAAAGUCCUGCCGCGCGGCCCGGAUAUUUUGUGUAUACUUACUUUGCAGCUUAUUGUACAACAUCACAUGCAUGAAAUUAAACCCAUCGGACGAGUUAGUGUUGUAUUCACUUCGAGAAGACUAAAAUCAAAAAAUUGAGUUUUGACUUUGAGUCCGGUCUGGCUCUGGACGACAAACCACAAUCAGCAUAAGCGCUGAUCUCGACAGAGACAGUGUUAAUUUUUAG